AGUUGGUUGGUGAUGGGGAUUACCCUGUUGUUUUUUUUAUAAACUGUUUUAAUUAGUAAUUUUAUCAAGUGUUUUUAAAGUAUAUAUUAGUUAAAUUAUUUUUUAUUUAUUAUUAUAUUUGUUAGGGAAAAAUUAAAGAUUUAGCUAGAGAAUACUAGAAAUAAAAGAGAAAUAGUAUUUUUUAUUUUUAAGAUUGAUUCACUUAUUAUUUUAUUAGUAUUAAAUUGAAGAUGAGUGGUACUUAAUUGAGAAACAAAGAUAUCAAGGGCAUUUCUCGGAAGAAAGAAGUAGAUCAGGAAUUCAAUAGUUGAAGCAUGCUUUGGGCUAUUUUGUGCAAUAGAUUUGUGUCUAUUUAAAAGUCACACGUAGUGUUAUCAUUGACAUUUUUGUAGACUUUUACAUUAGGACUUUUCAUGAAUGAGAGCUCAAUGAGUAAAAUUACUUCUUAUACGGUUGAAUAAGGACUUCAGACUAGUUUUGAAUAUAAUUAGUACUUAAUUAAAGGUAAAUCCGAAUGAGUACCUAACUUCUAAACAUGACAGAUAGCCUGGUAAUGGAUCGUAAAAAUUAGUCAACUUGCAUAAAAACUCUAGAUCAUAAAUUAAUUUACAUAAUCAUUCAUUAGUGUGUUCUCCGUGGUAUGCGAUUAUUUAGUUUUACUUGCCGUAAACAACAUCGGACGUGCGUUUAUUCUGAUCAUAUUUUCAUGCAUUUGCUAUAGAGAUAUUUAUUUUGUUGUUUAGAUGGUCUUGAAGUUAAAUUGUCUAGUUUUGAGUGCAUAGCUAGCUAACUAAUUAUGAACUUUUUUUUUGGAAUUGAAAGAAUGGAGAAUGUACAAUAAAUAGUGAUGAGGCAUUAACAGUUAAGACUUAAGAGUAGUACCAUCUCUCUCUUACUUUCUUUGUGAAACUGCAAAUGCAACUGCAUCUGAAACUACUGCGUUUUAUGUCUGAAAUUGGUGCUGUGUACAAGAAUAUUUAUUCCAACCCGUAGGUGCGGUAAAUGCAUGCAAUGACAUCCAAAUUUUAUUAUUUUACGAGAGGGGGAGGGGGCAGGGGAAAACUAUGAUUUGAGCUGGUUUUUGGAAUUGUAUUUUUGAUGUGCGUUUGGGAGGAUAACAAUCCAACCUCUUGUGGGUUUUGCCAACCUACAUAGCUACUAUCUUUCAUCCAUGUUAAUUCAUUUUUCUGAUUCUAUUUCUAAUUCUUAUUUUAUUAUUUUUCUUUCGCAGUGAAGGCUGUUUUGUUUGGAAGUAACAUACCUACCUAUUCCAUUUUACUUAUUUGCUGAUUCUUUUUGAAAAACAAAAAUGACUAAGAGAAAGACUGUUUCUUCACGUGAGAAUACAUCUACUCAUGAGUUUAAUGAUUCACCACCCGUUGAUCAAAAUGAGUCCUCUGAAUCCAUAGAGCCUGCACCUACUUUAUCUACUGGUUCAGAAGUUCCACAUGUUCAGUUAGAUGUACAAGGAAAAAAGUCCAAUAAGUACUGGACAGUUGAUUUGGAAGAUGCAAAUGGAAUGAUUAAGGAAGGUCACUUAAGGUUGAAAGAUGUGUGGGUGCUGUCUCGUGAGACUAGAAUUAUUGUGCAUUGGAAUGAGUAUGGCCAACCGAUUGGUGAAUCUGGUGGACUUUUAGGCUUGUUUUUGGGAGCUGUUGCUGGAAAUUUCAGUCUUUAUCAUAGAUUCUUUAAAGUUGAUGAUGGACAGCAAAAAAAAUUAAAGUCCAAAACUCAGAAAAUGUGUGAGAAAAAUGCAAGUAAUCGAGAAAAACAAACAAUUCCUCAUACACUCGGAUCCAAGACGAUUGCUAGGAAGAAACACGAGUUGAAAACUGCAAACAAGAGAGUUUUUACUAAAGCUGAAAUGUAUCCAAUUAGUCAUAAGAAGAAGGAUGGAUCUUUUAUUAAUGAUGAGGCUAGAGAGAAAAGUGAACAAUUAACUUUGCUUCAAGCUAAUGAGAGUUCUACUGAUGAUGCAUAUGUCAAGUUAUUUAGAAAAGAACACCCGGGUCGUGUUAGAGGUGUAGGAUUUGGUGUUUGUCCAUCCCAAGUCAUGAAAUCUUCUAAUAGUUUCCGAGGGGUAUCUUCUUUAUGUAAUCAUGACUUUGAUAUGGCUAAAGUUCGCUCUAUGGAAGUAGAAUUACAAGAGAAUAAAGUAACAAUUUCUUUAUUACAAGCCCAGGUGACAUAUUUCAUUAAUCAUUGUAUGGGUGGAAAAGUGCCACAUGACUUUCCUACAGCUACGAAUAAUGAGGUUGCAGACUCUCCAAUAGAGACAAGGCCACCUUCUACUAUUCCAUGAAGCAGUUGUAGAAUUUUAUGAUUGAAGUGACUCAAGACUUUUAUUAUCAAAGUAGCUCUUUAUUUUAAGCUUUUAGCUUAGUUAAAUAUUAGUAGCGAAAUUCUUUUCUAAUUCAAUUUUAGGAUUGCGUUAUUUGAAUUUAAUUUGAUAUGUAAAUAUAGGUGUUAAACACUGAUUGUGUUGGAUUUAUGAUUAUAUAAGACUUAUUAAAUACAUAUUAUAUUUUGAAAUGCAAUGUUCAUAUUAU